GAACCUCCUACUGCUGCUUUUCCUCUUCAUCAGCCAACUCAUCAGUAUCAACACGCCCCCUCCCCUCUCCCCCCCUUCAGGCGCGCUGUUGAAGCUGCACACUCUCGACAUUCUCACACGGCCCAUUUUGCCCGUGUUAAUCGUUGCAUUUAAUCACUGAUUUCGACUGCCUCUCGAGCCCUGGCUGAAGGCCCCCUGCCGACCCGAAUUGCAUUGCAUCCUACCUCGUCACUGACAGCCCCGGUAGCCUUGCCUUCUCUGCAAACGACACCUUGAUCGCGCAACGCCAUCACCGCGCAAGAGCUGCAACGAUCGAAACCGUCAAACAACUGCCCUGGCUCCAUUUACCAGCCAUGGCACCUCAAGAUCAGUACCUCGAUGAUGAGGAAGAGACCUGCCCCCUCUGCAUCGAGGAGUUCGACCUGUCCGACAAGAACUUUCGGCCUUGUCCCUGUGGAUACCAGGUGUGCCAGUUCUGUUUCCACAACAUCAAAAACAACAUAAAUGGUCUUUGCCCUGCCUGCCGACGGCCUUACGAUGAGAAGACAAUACAAUACAAGCUCGUCACAGCUGAAGAGCAAGCCGAGUUCAAGGCCAGACAACAGACAAGCAAAAAGAAGCGCGCCGAAUUACAAGGCCAGAAAGAGAUACAGAAGCGCGACACCGAGAAAGACGCGCGCAAGAACCUCGUCGGCAUACGCGUUGUUCAGAAAAACCUGGUCUACGUCACCGGCCUGACUCCGACCGUACGAGAAGACGAGCUGCUCAAGACCCUUCGACAACCCCAAUUUUUCGGGCAGUAUGGCAACAUCCAGAAGAUUUCGAUUAGCAACCGGAAGACUCAAGAUGGUCACAACCAGUCCCUUGGAAUCUAUGUCACGUUCGAGAAAAAGGAAGAUGCGCAACGCUGCAUCCAGGCUGUUAAUGGCUCUCAAAACGGCGAACGGAUCCUCAAGGCGCAGCUUGGCACGACCAAAUACUGUUCGGCCUGGCUUCGAUACGAGCAAUGCAACAACCGUCAAUGCAUGUUUUUGCACGAACUCGGUGAUGAGGAAGAUAGUUAUACUAGACAGGAUCUUUCGUCGCUGAACAGUAUGCAGACGCAGAGACCCUACGGCGGCGGCAACUCUUCGCGGUCAGCGUCUCGACAACAGGGCCCCCCUCCACAGUCGCAUCACGUACCUCAGCCCAUGGUUCGCACCUCUAGCAAAGACGGAUCAGAGAGCGGGGAUGCUCCGGCUUUGCCAGCCUCGGCGAACUGGGCCCGAAGCCAACAACAACGCAGCCGGCGAGGUAGCCAUGCAACCAGCGGUGCGGCGUCAAGCCCGGCCGUGUCCAUGUCCUUGCCUGCAACUACCGAGGCGACCGAGGAGGCUGUGGAAACUGCACCUCAAGAAUCGGCCCAGGAAGUUCCAAAUGCACAGCCCGCACAGCCCGAACCCACCAACGCCGAAUCAUCAAAAGAUUCUAUCGUGAGCGACCCGCCAGAGCCCAAGAACCCAUGGGAUAUCGCACUUAUUGGAAUCCUGAAGUCCCUUGGCGGCGCAGAGCUCAAGCUCCGUCCUGUCACACCCGACAACUCGAUACCGCCACUUUUUGACCCCCGAGGAGGCGAGCGGCGGCGGGCAAUGCGGGAGGAGGAGGAGCGCCAGCUCAACGGGGAGCACGAGCAGCAGCAGAGCGAGCCUGUGGAGCCACUUGAGCCCGAGGGAGAGCCUGAAAGCGGCAGUCUGGCACUAGGUGGCGAGCCGGAGGAGCGCGAGCAGAGCCGCGAGUCCCAUGCUUUUGAGCAGCGUAGGUCGAUUGCUCAAUUGCCCAUCCAGCGUACCAACGCCGAGGGCUUGUUUGGUCCCAAUGUUGGUUCAAGUUUCGCUCAAGGCGCAGCCAACGUUGCCACACUCGGAAAUCGGACCUUAACUCCUCAGCAACAGACCUACAUGCGCCCGCAAGCCAGCUUUGCGGACAGCAUGCCGCCUGGUAUCAAUGCCUCUCAGUCAGCGCUGUUCCAAGGACAGGGACAGGGCCAUAGCCGGCAAACAUCCCGCUACAGCUUCGCCAAUGAAAACCAAGCUACGGCCAACGCCGUGAAGCUUGCUACGAACCCUCGCCUCAUGGCCCAACAACAGGCUUCCAUGAUGCCCUCGACCUUCCACUCGCAGCCGAGCUACCAGAACUACUCCUCCUCCAUGCCGGGUCCCCCACCAGGGCUAAAGUCUACGGGGACGCCCCCGAGCAUGUUCGGUCAGGGCAACGCUUUUGGCAGCUCUGGGUUCGGCGCCAAGGACUCUAACGAGGUCCUCCAAAAUCUUAUCAGGACUCGAGCUGGUGGGGUUGCCCAAGGCCUUGAUGCUAACAAGCUAGAUCUUGCGGACCCAAGCAUCCUGCAGGCGAGAAUCCAGCAUCAUCAACAGAGCAAUGCCGGGGUCGGUUCGGGGCUGUUUGGAGGCCAGGCCCAAGAUGAGGACGACCCGUUCCUGAGCGACGCCACCAACAUCGUGGAUGCUCUUGUUUCCGAUGACCCGAUCGACGAAGGUGCCCCGGCGUCGGUGGAUGCUUUCCAGGCGUUUGCUGUGCAAGCAACCCCGGCCGUCCCGCCUCCUGGCUUGGGCUUCAUGGCUCACGGACAUCCUGCGCGGAUCGCAACGCCCCUGCAGGCGCCCCCCGGACUCGUACCUCCUGCAAUUCCUUCGGCUGGGGGUCUACUUUCUAACAACACACCAAGUCCUGUUGUUCCUUUAAAGCUUGCGUCUGCGUCUCCUGGGUCUAUCGCCGGCUCGGCGAGCGCGAGCAAGAAAGGACCUGAGCCGGCUACUGGAAGCCAGGCCAAGAAGAAUAUCAAAGCCCUUGCUCUCGACAGUGGCUUGUCUUCGGAGAUCGCUUCACAGGCGAACACCCCCGCUAAGGGCAAGAAACCAGUGCUUCACGAUGAGGACUUCCCAGCCCUCGAAUCUGCGAAGCCUGUGUCUCGUACCUCGACACCCGCGCCGGUCAAGGCCCCCUCCAUCAAGACUCCGAUGGUUGCGAAGAAGGUACAAGGGGAGACUCCUAAAUCUGCUGCCAUGUCUUCUACCAGCGAUGCCACCGUCCAGCCCGCGUCUGCCCCGAAGGUGGACAAGAAGGCCGAGAGAAAGGUUGUGCCUGGCGUUCUGAACAUUGCCGCCGCGACUAAGGCAGCUGCCGUUAAGUCCAACCCUCCAUCUACCGCGACGUCGGCUGUGGAGAAAGCGGACGACUCCGCCUUUCCAGCCUUGCCGACUCCAGGGUCUGUCUCAGUGUCCUCGCCUGCAACUAGAGUGCCGAAGACUUUACGAGUCGUCUCUACCCCAAAGGCAGAGACACCUCCAUCAAUAUCAGCAGGGCCGGCGUCGCUACGUCACGCAUUCAGCACUCUACAGCGGCCAGAGACUCCGGGAAGUGCUGAUGUCUCCGAUACUGCAUCAAUAUUCUCCGCGUCGGCAUCUGCUUCUCGGACAAAUUCUCCACCACCCGGUCCUUCGCGAGUCGGCUCAGCUGCUGUUCGGAACACCACCAAGAGCCAGCAGCGUAAGGCAAGAAAAGAUGCGACGAAGAAAGAAGCUGCUGCGAUAGCAGUACAGUCGAAACCGGAACCCGAAGUCGUUAUAGCACCGAUUGUUGGGCGCAAGAAGAAGCAAAAGAAGGAGCCAAAGGAGAAGGCACCCAAGGACAAAGACUUGACCCCGCCAGUGGAGAGUCGCCCCCAGUCCCCAGGUCCAGCGGAAAAGCCGGUCGAAAAGGAGGGUAAGCUUGCGGCCGAAGAGAAGGUCUCAACAUAUCGCCAGGCCGUCAACGAGUCUAUGAGCUUGGAGGAGCCGCUGCUCCCUCGAUCAAGGCGGAAGGAAGGCAGCAUCUCUGGCAAUGGCGAAGCCUCGAAGCCAGUCACCGACCGGCCGAUACCCCCGCCAGCAACUAUUCUCAAUGACCUCGCGUCGUCCGGCUGGAUUGCUGAUGUUGACGCUCUUAGCCUUUUGAAGGGCAUCACGAGCACCUCUCACCGCUCUGAGCAGUACACGCCAAUCGUGCCCAAGGACGGUUUGACCGAGAUCAAGUCUAUGCUUAGCGAGGAGGAUCAACAGGCCCUUCUCUCUGGAAAGCCCGUGCACAAGAUCAUCGAUGGGUCGCGCGUUUUGCUCACACCAAAUGGCAACUGUGUUCGCAACCUGACGCCGGCCGAGGAGCAGCGCUAUCUCGAAUUGCUGGCGGAACUCGCUGCGAAGGUUGGCGAUCCUACCACCUAUGUCCACACACGCCACGAGGCUGGCAACGGUUUCAGCGUGAUCAAGGGCCGGGCUGUCGCCAACGGCACGCCAAGCUACUUUCCUCAAGGGCCGCCAACCGCUACAGCUGACGGUCUGCGUUUGCCCGCGGUGUCUGACCCGAUGCAGAAGAUGACCCGAGAGGAGGCCCUCGCCAACAUCAACCAAUCGAUCCUUCCACGUCUGAACCUUGGCACGGCAAAUCUCAACACUCUGGCGGCCGUCACCGACCCCAAGCAUUCAAUCGCUUCGCCUGGCCCAGGCCAAAACAAUUCCCCUCAGACUCCACCCCUAUCCAAGCAGGACCUCGCCAACGCCACCAAUGCACUCAAUUCCCUCGCUCCACUGAUCCUCAACUUUGCAUCUUCUGGCUCUCCAUCAUCCACUGCCGCACUGGCCGCCGAGCUCACCGGCCAGUCCGCGGGCUCCAGCUUGGCGAAGCUCGACCCGGCAGAUGAGUUCUCGGGCAUGGCGAAUACCAUGACGGCAACCCCCUCAAUGCCGUCACUGGCGUCAUCCGUGACUACCAAAAACAGCAACGUGGGCGCGUCGUCGAGCGCCCUGGCCAACUUUCCAAUGAUGAGCGUUGAGGACAUGGAGCAAGCAUUCGCGCUCGCCAAGAAGGAGGCCGAGAAGAUGGAGAAGAGUCUGAACCAGGUCAUUAAGAAGAACCGAAAGCUGCUUUCCCUUUCGAGUUCCGGCGUCGGCGGUGGACAUUGACUCCUAGGUGGCCCCACGACCCUCGCAGCUACCUCUUCUUCGUCUGCGCCCAGGACUCCGUCCUUUGCGGCGGCCACAACUGACGCCAAGGCGACGCGCCUUCGCAGGCGCGAGCUUCUACAGCGUGGUAUCGCGAGGGUCGGCCUGGCCGCGUCGCGCGCUGUCGGGUUUGACGAGCUGCGGUUCGGCGGCGUCCUCGGCGUGAGCUGCGGGUUUGCCCUACGCGCUACCAUCGCUGCGGUCUGUAUGUUCAGCGUCGUGGUGGCUCGAGUGGCUGUGUGGAUGGUCGCGGCGGUCGUGGGGAUCUACAGCUUUGGGGCGUGGACAGUGAAGGCUCUGGUGGCUCUCCUCGACUGGGUCGGGGCCACGUACUGAUCGUCUGUCUCUGGCGGGAACCCGACGCCAGGGGCUGUAGCCGAAUUGCCCACGGCAUGGUGGGGAACCUGGGUAUUGAAAGCUUGGCCUUCCCGAAGGCCAUGGGUAAGCUUGGUGUGUUUUUGAGACUUCUCAUCCUCUGGACGAUACCCAGACAGCGCCUUUUGAGACGUGUGGGUUAGGCAUCCAACUUUCAUGCCUGCGAGUGAGUAAUACGACUUGCCAGAGCGGCAACGAGAACGUUGGGACAGGUCGGCCCAACGAUGAAGCGCAUACCAAGAGCAUUCGGACGACGUAGCGGUUUGGGCGUUGUUGUACAUGUAGCAUUAUAAUGUACGAUUAAGGAGGGAGGCACAUUGGAUUUUACCUUGCGGAAUGGCAUCAAGGUAGCCAGCAUGGAUCGCAUGGCAUGGAUAUGGCAUGCAUUGAUGACAUUAUACCCAGCAUUGCUCGGAUAGAGCCCUUAGACAGCUCAAGCGUGGUCUCGGGGCUGACUUGGCCUCCUGCCAUACUGUCUAUGCCGUGCCUUUGGCGCAAAGUAGGAAUUCUUGUAUUGUACACUUCGAUAGAGCUUGUGAGGGCUCCGUGAAUUAGACAAUCUCGCAUACAGCUUG